AUCUAACAGGUUAAAUAAUUUAUAAUGAUGAAGCCCAUGUAUUUAUUAUUUUUUUUAUUAAUAAAACUUUCUAUAUUUGUCGACGGAAGAAAUAUUGUAUUAAUAAUUGCUGACGAUUUGGACUCGUUACUCGACGGAAUGACACCACUUAAAAACAUCCAAGACAUCAUAGGAAAAAAUGGAGUAUCUUUUUUGAAUUGUUUUGUAGCAUCGCCAAUAUGCUGUCCAAAUAGAGCAUCUAUUUUGACAGGACGAUACCAGCAUAAUCAUUUGACUUUAAAUAACUCUUUAUCUGGAGGAUGUAAUAGUAUAGAAUGGCAAAGAACUCACGAAAAGCGAACAUUUGGUACGAUUCUUAAAAACCAAAAAAAUUAUAGAACAUUUUACGCCGGUAAAUAUUUGAAUGAAUACGGAGCAGAGUCAGCAGGCGGACCAAGCCACGUACCAUCCGGAUGGGAUUGGUGGGCUGGAUUAUUAGGUAAUUCGAAGUACUAUAAUUAUACAUUGUCGAUAAAUGGUACCACAAAAUUUUAUUCAGAUAAAACCGAAGACUAUUUGACAGAUGUGAUAGCUGGAAUGGCUGUUGAUUUCAUUCGAAGUUAUGAUAACUCCACUCAACCAUUUCUCAUGGUUCUUGCACCUCCAGCACCACAUGCACCAUUCACACCAGCUGUGAGACAUAAUGAUAAAUUUAGAGAUAUUAAGGCAAAACGGACACCCAAUUUCAAUUCAUUUACUCAAUUGGAUAAACAUUGGUUGGUGCGGAUGCAUCCAUCUCCACUUCCAAAUGAAAUAUUAACAAAGCUAGAUUUUAUAUAUAGACGACGCUGGGAAACACUAUUAUCGAUAGAUGAUUUAGUAGAAAAAAUACAUCAAACGUUAAAAUUGGAAAACUUUUUGAACGAUACAUUUAUAAUAUUUACGUCUGAUAAUGGAUAUCACAUUGGACAAUUUAGCAUGCCAUUUGAUAAAAGGCAGCUUUAUGAAAGUGAUAUUCGAGUGCCUUUGUUGAUUCGUGGACCAGGGAUAGAAUUUUCACAAGUAACAACACCUGUGAGUAGUGUUGAUCUAUUCAACACGAUUUUACAAAUCGCAGGAAUUGAUGGAAUGUCAGAUGGAAUAUCAGUACUAUCAAAAAACAUUUCUCAGGAUCGAACGGUACUAAUUGAAUACAAAGGAGAGAAAUCUUUGAAUUAUUACAAUACAACCUGCGCAAACGAGUUCGACUUAAAUUUAUACGGCUGCGAUAAAAGUAUGGCUUGCAAGUGUCAAGAUUCUGCUAAUAACACCUAUUCUUGUAUUAGAAGGUUUUCCAAACGGUAUAACAAUAUAUAUUGUAUCUUUGAUGAUGAUGAACAAUAUAUUGAAGCGUAUAAUUUAAAUGAAGAUCAAUAUCAAAUGAAUAACAUUGGAUAUAAAAUCGAUAACCAUCAACAAGAUAAGUUUCAAAAACAUCUAAAUAACAUGAAGAAAUGCCUUGGAUCUGACUGCAUUUUACUCAGUUAAAAAAAAUUAACGAAAUGGUUAGUAAUCCCAUACUAAUAGAAAAAUUAAUAUUUUUUUUUUUUUUUAUUU